GGAAAACAAGCGCACCCUAUCUGUACUAGACGAUGUAGAAUUUACGGAAGAGGAGUCCCAGGCGUGGCUGAGGAACUUCCGUCUUUUACAACACAAAAAUGACAGCGACUCUGCGCCCCUACUUAAACGCUGUGAGGGCCACCUUGCAAGCAGCCCUCUGUCUGGAGAACUUCUCCUCUCAGGUGGUGGAGCGUCACAACAAGCCGGAGGUGGAGGUCAGGAGCAGUAAGGAGCUGCUACUUCAACCUGUGAUGAUCAGCCGUAAUGACAAGGAGAAGGUUCUCAUCGAGGGAUCCAUCAACUCUGUCAGAGUCAGCAUUGCUGUCAAACAGGCUGAUGAGAUUGAGAAGAUCCUUUGCCACAAGUUCAUGCGCUUCAUGAUGAUGAGAGCGGAGAACUUCUUCAUUCUGAGGAGGAAACCAGUAGAGGGAUAUGAUAUUAGCUUCUUGAUUACCAACUUCCACACGGAGCAGAUGUACAAACACAAGCUGGUGGACUAUGUCAUCCACUUCAUGGAGGAGAUCGACAAGGAGAUCAGCGAGAUGAAACUGUCCGUUAAUGCCAGGGCCCGCAUCGUUGCUGAGGAAUUCCUCAAGAACUUCUGAGUGCAAUGUUGGUCCCAAACAAGCAGAGAAAACGCUCCAAAGGCCCAAUCAGCACAAGAGUGGAAAACUAAAGGAGUAAACAGCCAAUCAGCGAGGAGAUGAGAGGGACAUGACCAAUCCGGCGAUGACACCAUUUGCACCAUUCUCGAGUACUUCCCUGUACUCAUGAAUAUCAAUGACUGUAUAUAAUGAAAUAUUUACCAGUUUCAUUUUCAGCCACGUAGAACAAAUCCCCAUUCAAAGGCGGGUCCUUAAAGUAUUAAUCCAGAUGAUAGCCACGAGUACAGGGGCAUUGAGAAUGUGCCGUUGCAAAUUAACCGGCCAGGUUUUUGUAUUUUGUGUAUGUGAGUCAGCGUGAUCUGUCGCUGUCGGUUCAAAUUAGUUUUCAAAAUUUUCUCUGUUCAGGAACGCCAUGUUUGGGGAAAGUAGUCUGUGUGGCGUUAAAUGACUGUCAUGGAGCAAGAGCUGUCUAUACAGAAACCACCAAAACACACGUAUGAAAAUAAUGAUAAAAGAUAAUAAAACUCAGUUGUUUAUACCUUUUGGUGUUCCUGUUUAAAUACUAAA